AUGAGAUGUGGUCAAACACAAGCUUUGACUAUCUUCGUCGCUUACGCUCCAACAUCAAGCUACGAAGAAGAAGAAGUCGAAGCCUUCUACAUUGACCUGGAGAAGUUCUACCAAGAAGAUCAUGCCUUCUACAAGGUCAUAGUUGGCGAUUUCAACGCUAAGGUUGUCCCAACAAGAACGAUUGAGGAACUUCACAUCGGGACCAGCGGCCUACAAUGGAAUGAACAGGGGGAGAGGCUCUCCGAGUUCAUCAUGACGACUAAGACCAUCCAUGGGAACUCGCAAUUCCAGAAGCCCUCCUCUCUACGCUUGGCGUUCUGCCUGAAGGACGUCGCUGUUGUGCCAAAGUUCUAUACGGGAUCGGACCAUCGCCUAUUCCGAGGAAGAUUUUCUUUCACAAGGAGAGAGGAGAAAGCCGCCAAGUUCAGAGAGCGAAGUCCCGAAUUUAUCAUUAACUGUGAUCUCUCCACUACGCUGGUCGGCUUUUGGGAAGAUUCCGCAAUGAAGGCUGAAAGCUUUAAAACCACCAUGGGGCGUUUGUCUCUUGCAACUCUUGAGCUGAUACGCCAACGUGGAGCAGCCGCAGGGAACCAAGAACUCACGUCCGAGUUCGCAAGGCUUUGCAGAGAGGCGAUAAAGGAAGACCUUAAAGAGAGAAGAGCAGAAGUGCUGGCUGAAGCUGGAGAGGCGGGGAAAAGCAUCCGCUAUGCCCGUCGAGAUUUCGCCAGUCGCAAGGCGAGGAUGACUGCUCCCCGAAACCUGAAGGGAACCAUUAUAUCGAGAAGGGGGAUGGAGAAAAUCAUCUACGACUCCUACUCUGAUCUCUUCGACAGCCAUAGGUUCUUCCGUCCGAAAUACCAUAUCAUGUCGGUAGAAACUCGUAUGACACCCGGUCCCGACAGAAUAAGACGAGAAUUCAUGAAGAACCUUCCGCCAGUACUCAUCAACACCUUGGUACUUCGAGAGUUGUACAAUAACUUCGCGACCGGAAUUUCGCCAUUCUACAAGAAUAUCAUCAUUGACGUGAAGAGGGAGUUAAAACAGGGUGAUACAAUCUCACCCAAAAUAUUCACAGCCACCCUCGAGAACGCAAUGCGAAAGUUGGAAUGGGACGACAUGGGAGUGAAAGCUGAUGGUCGGCAGCUACACCAUUUGCGCUUUGCUGAUGACAUCGUACUGACAACAACUGGCAUCAGCUAA